UUGUUUGACAUGAAAGGGUCUUCAGGCUCAAGGCCUCGAAAUCAUCUAUCGUGUUAGUAAACUACACUGUCGUAUGACUUAAUUUAACUUCAUAUACUUGCAUUUGAAUCUUUUAAUAUCUACCUCAUUUUUACUACAGUCUUUAUUUAAACGUUAAUCGCCGUAUUUGGAAUCUUGCUUCACAGAAGACUAUGCAAAAUACUAGCAUCGGUAGUUUUUGUGAGUAAGUAGGCUUCACUCACAGAAACUGUUAAACCACGCCUGUGUCUGAGUGCGGAAAAACACGAAGAAAAUGUAGAGACAGCAUAGUCUCUAUCUGACUUUAUUUUUCACGUGUAUAUACAAACGAUCAUCUAUUUCCAGAAUCUCUGUCAACGAAGUGCUUCCCCAUUUUGUGAUUUUCUGUUGUGCUUGUGCCUUGAGUUAGAUUCUUAUAAGAAGGAAAAAAAUUAUUACCUACCUACCCUUAUAGUUAGUGUACGAAGCUGGUGUUGUAUCAAGCGUCACACAGUUUUUUUGAUGAAAUAAGAAUUUAUACUUUAUGGUAUCCAAGCUUGUUAGAUAAUAAGUGAAGGUAUGGCUUUACGUUUGGACAACACAGGAUCUUUAAGGAACAGUCGCAAGAUACCCCCACGCCCAUCUUACAGUGCCAAGCCUCGUGGUUGGUCAGCCACUGGUCUUUCAGGUCCUCCUCCCUUUAGACCUUACCUUUCAGGUCGAUAUCCCACUCCUCUGGUGCCACCGGCAUAUGGAACCUACCCUCAUCAGAACACAUAUCCAAAUGCCUGGGUUCCUCCCACUUCACCUACUGUCUCAGGGAAUAGUACUGGAGGAUCUUGUUCUCACUCUAGCUCAGUGUCUGGUUCUGGCUCUGGUGGGGGAGGAUCAAAUUCUAGCAGUGGUGAUCAGCUUAGCAAGACUAACUUGUACAUUCGAGGACUCACUCAGAAUACAACUGACAAAGACCUGUUAAAUUUGUGUGCUCCUUAUGGAACAAUCAUAUCAACAAAAGCAAUAUUGGACAAAACUACAAAUCAAUGUAAAGGCUAUGGAUUUGUGGAUUUUGAAUCUCCACUGGAAGCAGAAAAUGCUGUUAAAGCUCUUCAGACACAAGGAGUACAAGCCCAGAUGGCAAAGGUGAAGUUUCAAACUAUAAUAUACUGCCUGCCACCAGCAGUGUUUCUUAAGCAACAAGAACAGGAUCCUACCAACCUCUAUAUUGCCAAUUUACCAGUGGAGCUCAUGGAAGCUGACCUUGAAAAACUCUUAUCUUCGUAUGGUACAGUCAUUUCCACUAGAAUUCUUCGAGACAGCAACAUGUUUUCUCGUGGUGUAGGUUUUGCAAGGAUGGAAUCCAAAGAAAAAUGUGACCAAAUUAUACAUGUAUUUAAUGGAAAAUUUUUACAUGCCUCUAAAGAACCUCUGUUGGUGAAGUUUGCUGAUGGUGGAAAUAAAAAGAAACAUCAAUACAAGGUUCUAGAGCAACAGGGUAUUCCAUUGCCUUAUGAUCAGUCAGCAGUGACACAAAAUGGAGUUGUGGCCCAACUGAUCACUCCCAUGGGUAACUAUCAAAGGGCUUACCCUUCACCUAUGACCACCUACCCUAUGCAGCCGGGCACAGCGUGGGUUCAUCCACAGUACAUUGUUCAACCUCAUAUGACCCAGAUGAUCCCAUCAUCUUUAGACCCCAACACUCUGCCAUAUGGGACUCUUAUGUCCCACCUCUCUGCCCAGAUGUCUCAGCUGCAGCUAACCAACACUUCUUACAUACCAGGGACUCAUCAAGCUUAUGCUGGAGCUGGAACACCUCUGUAUCCACAACCAGCCCAUCUUAUUCAUUCUAUAGCUGUACCAGAGGAUCCUACAAACACUGGAGUUCCAGUAACAAUUGCCACCAGUGGACAAGAUGGCCAUCAUGGAUACAGUCCAAAUUAACUUAACUAAAAUCUGAAUUAAGAGGAAUAAAAGGGUAUCCAUCUUCAGAUUGUUCCACAUAUCAAGUGGAGGUGUCGAUGACCCUAAACUCCUUUCUGCUCCCUUCUUUAUUGAUCCAGAAGAUCAAGACUGAAAAUUGUUGCUUUAUUUUAUUUUUGAAGUGAAAUUCCUUAGCAUCUUUAAAGAAAGCAGUUUUACACUUUUCAGAGAAGUACCUUUAUUUUACUAUUGAUCCCAAAGGCUAUUUUUAAAAGCUGAGAGAAUGUUAUUUGUCGAGAUUCUAUAUCUGGACAUACCUGAUUUGGGUGUGUGUCCGUUGUUAUUAACUUAAGAGAAAUGAGAGCUGAGUGAAUGCAAUUUUUUUCAUAAAUGGCUGCCAUUGCCCCGUUAACAGAGAUUUAGAAGUAAUGUAGAUUUUUAGAACACUAUUCUCUAGUUUUAUUAUAUUUGAAAAGAAAAUUUUGGGUGUGGCAGCCAUUUAAAUAUUGUAACUUAAGACACUGUUUAUUAGGACUUUAGUUUUCUUUUUGAAUGGAUAUAGAAAGAUUGUUUCAUGUCAUUAUUUUUUGUGAUGUUUAAAUGUUUGGCUUUGAGUCAGCUCUGGACUGAGCCAAGAUUGUUUUUCCUCAGUGUUUUUCCCACUUCAAGUGUGUUGAUAAGGUGUUUAUUUGUGUCCAUUGUAAUGUCUCUUGUCUGUUUUUAGGUUUAGCUAUAGGAUUUUAGAUGUAGGUGAAUAUAUCUUAUUAGACUAAAACAUGCACCUUUAAUAGGUUGUGCUAAGAGUCUCUUGUUAGAAACAGAGAUUCAGAACAACCUACUGAGAAAGUCUUAUCGAAACUAAUUUGAAGCUAAAAAGGUUUAAGGAAUUUGAAUUAAAGUUUCCAGUGAAAAACUUUGCAACUGUCACUUGAAUGCCUUAAGAGAGUGAACGUACUAGAGUUUGUGCCUUCAUUGUCAGCUUUUUAUUGUCUUACAGAAUCUGUCAAGCUCUGGUUUUUGUUUUUAUUUAGUAUGAAAGUAGUUAGGAGGAAAGAAAGACUGAAGUUUUAGCACCGAAGAAGUUCUGGAUAGAUUGUAUGUUUUUAUUAUGGGUAGGUUAUUGAUAGAAGAGCAGAAAGUUUUUAAGAUGGCAAGAAGUUAAGUUUUAAAAACCAAAACAUUUUCAAAGAAGUUAAAUGAUUGCUCAUUAAGUGUAAGUGAUUGACACCACCUUACCAUUCUCAGAACAAAGAUUUUUUAAGCUGGUUUUUCUUGUCUUACAUGUAAUAGGGAAUGAGUGUUAAUAACUUAAAGUACAUUUAUUCAGGAAAAUUUGAAAAUGCAUUGCAAAAAAUAUUGAAAAAUUAAUGUACAGUUAUAAACUUUGCAUCUUGUUUAUAUCUUAUAAGUGAGCCAUUUAGAACAAAUAGUGUAAUGGGAGAAUACUUAAAAGUUUUGGUUUGAUAACAAAUAAAAUAUGUAAGUUAUAGCAAUAAAAAAAAAUUGAUAAUAACUGUUUUAAAAAAUUAAAUGUUUGAUCAUUCCAAAUAAUUGAAAAUGCUUCUGAUAGUUCCCGAUGUUGUUGAGUGUUGGAGUACUUGUUAGACAAGACCUGUAGAAUAAUAACACAGUGUCCACUGUUUUAUUUUAUUUAGUCAUUUGGAAUAUGAACUCUGAGCAUUCUAUGAUUUUUUUAAUAAGGAAUUCAUUUUUCUAUUUUCUGUUGUUUUUUUUUUAUUAAAGGAAUAUUAGAAUUGCAAAUAAGUAAUGCCUAUUUUGAAAGAACUGUGUUAUUUAUGAAUUAUUUUCUGAAGAGUAUUUUAAGGGGUGGUCUGUGAAAAGCAGAAGUGAUAAAUUUCAUUGAAUACAAGCAUUGGAUUUAACUUUUUCUUUUCUUUAUUAAUCUUUUAAGAUUGUAAGGAGGAGACUUAUUUGGUCCAAACUGAUUAAGUUUAAGAAAAUCUCAAAAUUCAUACAUUCCUAAUUUUCUUUAACUUUAUUUUUUUGCUUCUGCUAAAAUUGCAUGUAUGUGCUCUUUAGUGUAUAUCUUUUAAUAAUCCAGUUUCAUUAAAGUUAUUGCCUUAGUGAUAAUUUACCAAUCAUUUGCCGUGUUACUUUCAAGUGCUAAUAACCAUAAUCCUAUAGAUCAUACACAAAUGUAUUUCAGCUAUACAUAAAUCACUAGGUUGUUUUUGCCUAGUAACAUGCUUU